ACGUGGAUAAUGUAAUUGACAGCGGCUCUCAUUCAGGUCAGGAAAGGCCCAGGGAAAGGGGGAUGGACACAACAAGUACUAUUGCUCAGAUAUUUUGGUCUCCGACAUUUGCAAGUGAGGACAUUUCAGGGCCAAUGGGUGCCUCGUUUACCAUCUGCUGUUGUGAUUACUAUCUGAAACACAACCGGGAAGAGAAGAAUGCUAUUUUGUGUAUGCGUACCACCGCAGCUUCCACACAACCAGAGUUGUUAUCCAGUGAGUCCAGCGACAGUGACACAGAAGAGGAGAGCCUUUUUGGGCCCCAGCCUUCGAGAAGGAGGCCACGAAACCACCAGCUGAGCCAGAGGAGCACCGUGGAUCGGUGGGCAUCCACAAACAGAGCCUGGGAGUCUCCCAUCAGGAGAGGAUCAGACAGAGAGUUACAGGAUUUUAUCAGCAUGAGAGACCAGGCUGACCAGGCUACAGAGGAAUGGGAGAAGCUGAAUUAUGACAUCCACACUUUACGCUACGCCAGACGGGAAGUCAGAUCUCGAUGGAAGAAAAUCCUGCUGCUGCUAGGUUAUCAGUGCGAGGUGGAUUCCUUGCUGUGUGUGAAUAGACAGAACCGCAUCAGCCGAGAUCAGGAGCAUCUGAACAAGCAACUGAACUGUUAAAACAGCUGCUGGACCACACCUCGCUGUUUCCUCCUGAAACCGAACACCAGAACACAUACCUCUGUGUCAUGGACCGCCUGGUGUCACUGGACAGUGCUGAAGAUUUUGUCAGACUGGCCAAAGAAAAGUAUCCCAAGAAAGUAGGCUGAGAA